AGUUAUUUUCCUCUAGUUAGACACUUCCUUAAAACUACACACAGAGACAUAACAAAUGUAUCCAGGAGUCUGACUCUUGGGGAAGUAGACAAAAAAAAUAAUAAUAAUUGCCAAAAUCCCGAAGUUUUGGGUAUGAACUUCCCAAACAUCCCAGAUAGCAGUGACCGUAGGGGGAAGUACAGCAGCCUAAUGGUGUCUUCAACAUAGAAAGGAACAACAAGGAAGAUAAUUACCGGGUUUCAACGCAUCAUUUCAACACAUUCAACCCUUUUUUUCUUUGAAAUUAAAUCAUUCAAGCAAGCAAAACUGAACAACUUGGCUUGUAUGUGCGGGCGAGUCUGUUCUGUCAACCAUGGCCAACAACGUGGAGGAUAUCGAGAACAACAUGGCGACUGAGGCCCCGGUACCGACCCAGAACCAACACCCUGAGCCUGGGGUGACGGGGUUGCGGUCCAGGGGUGGAGGAGGGGCGGAACAGAACGGACAGGCUCCCCCACAACGAACCCCCCAGGUGGUAGAGAGUGAGGAAGACGAAGAUGAGGAGCUGACGCUGAAAUACGGGGCCAAACACGUCAUCAUGCUGUUCGUCCCGGUCACGCUCUGCAUGGUGGUCGUCGUGGCAACCAUCAAGUCCGUCAGCUUCUACACCCAGAACGAUGGACAGAGGCUGAUAUACACCCCUUUCCCCGAGGACACGGACACAAUAGGCCAGCGAGCCCUCAACUCGGUCCUCAACGCCACCAUCAUGAUCAGUGUCAUCAUAGUCAUGACCAUGGUGCUGGUGCUGCUAUACAAGUACCGCUGCUACAGGGUGAUCCAAGGCUGGCUGUUCCUCUCCUCUCUCCUCCUCCUGUUCUUCUUCUCCUUCAUAUACCUCAAAGAAGUGUUUAAGACCUACAACGUGGCGAUGGACUGGAUCACCCUGGCUGUGAUCGUGUGGAACUUCGGGGUUGUAGGGAUGAUCUGUAUCCACUGGAAGGGUCCUCUACGUCUGCAGCAGGCCUAUCUCAUCAUGAUCUCUGCUCUCAUGGCUCUGGUCUUCAUCAAGUACCUUCCCGAGUGGACCGCCUGGCUCAUCCUGGCUGUUAUAUCUGUCUAUGAUCUGCUAGCGGUGCUCUGCCCGAAAGGUCCUCUUCGUAUCUUAGUGGAGACGGCUCAGGAGAGGAACGAGCCCAUCUUCCCAGCUCUCAUCUACUCCUCGACCAUGGUGUGGCUGGUCAACAUGGCAGACACUGGCCUCGGACACAGACCGAUGACCAGGAAGAACUCAACAGAGGCCCCGUCGCUCAGGUUGAGAGUCAAUCCCUGGCUUUAGGCCCGGCCCCUCUCAGCCCCCCAGAGGAUGACGGAGGGUUCACCCCUAACUGGAUGGGGCAUCAGGAGCAUCAGCUGGGACCCCUUCAAUCCACAGACGAGACGCGACGGGAGAUCCAACAACUCCCCUCUGCCAGACCGCCCGUAAUGGACGAUGAUGAUGAGGAGAGGGGAGUGAAACUGGGUCUAGGAGACUUCAUCUUCUACAGCAUGCUGGUGGGGAUAGAGUUGGUUACAGGGUUAGGAUCAGUGUGGUAUAACGUGGUUCUGAUUCCCAGGGGGAGUGAAACUGGGUCUAGGAGACUUCAUCUUCUACAGCAUGCUGGUGGGGAUAGAGUUGGUUACAGGGUUAGGAUCAGUGUGGUAUAACGUGGUUCUGAUUCCCAGGGGGAGUGAAACUGGGUCUAGGAGACUUCAUCUUCUACAGCAUGCUGGUGGGGAUAGAGUUGGUUACAGGGUUAGGAUCAGUGUGGUAUAACGUGGUUCUGAUUCCCAGGGGGAGUGAAACUGGGUCUAGGAGACUUCAUCUUCUACAGCAUGCUGGUGGGGAUAGAGUUGGUUACAGGGUUAGGAUCAGUGUGGUAUAACGUGGUUCUGAUUCCCAGGGGAGUGAAACUGGGUCUAGGAGACUUCAUCUUCUACAGCAUGCUGGUGGGGAUAGAGUUGGUUACAGGGUUAGGAUCAGUGUGGUAUAACGUGGUUCUGAUUCCCAGGGGGAGUGAAACUGGGUCUAGGAGACUUCAUCUUCUACAGCAUGCUGGUGGGGAUAGAGUUGGUUACAGGGUUAGGAUCAGUGUGGUAUAACGUGGUUCUGAUUCCCAGGGGGAGUGAAACUGGGUCUAGGAGACUUCAUCUUCUACAGCAUGCUGGUGGGGAUAGAGUUGGUUACAGGGUUAGGAUCAGUGUGGUAUAACGUGGUUCUGAUUCCCAGGGGGAGUGAAACUGGGUCUAGGAGACUUCAUCUUCUACAGCAUGCUGGUGGGGAUAGAGUUGGUUACAGGGUUAGGAUCAGUGUGGUAUAACGUGGUUCUGAUUCCCA